AUGCUUUUGACAGCUAGGCCACGCUGCUUCUCACUGGUCCUCGUCUGUGCUCGGGACCAUUGCGGACCUGGGGCUCACCCACCAGAUGCCCUCUCCAAGGACUCUCCACAGGCAGGAGGCGGUGACGCCCUGGAUCCUCCGUCCGCAGUCACCGAGGCUGUGUCGUCCUUGACCAUCGCUGAGGCGUUCACGGCGGCCGGCGAGAGCCCUGGCCCCGCCCCGCCGCUUCCCCGGAGGUUCAUCUGCUCCUUCCGGGAUUGCAGCGCGAAUUACAACAAGGCCUGGAAGCUAGAUGCGCACCUGUGCACGCACACGGGGGAGAGACCAUUUGUUUGCAAGUAUGAAGGCUGUGGCAAAGCUUUCGUCAGGGAGUUCCACCUAAGCCGCCAUGCCCUGACCCACACCACGGAAAAGCCAUUUGCUUGUGAAGUUCAAGGCUGUGAUCAGAAAUGCACCACAAAAUCAAACUUGAAGAGACAUUUUGAGCGCAAACAUGAAAAUCAGCAAAGACAGUAUGUGUGUGAUUUUGAAGGUUGUGACAAGACCUUUCGGAAGCACCGGCAGCUAAAGGCCCAUCAGACCCAGCACACCAACGAGCCACCGUUCCCGUGCAGCUACGAAGGAUGCGGGAAACACUUUGCGUCCCCCACGAACUUGAAACGGCACAGGAAGGUCCACGAGGGUUACAAAUGUCAAAAGGGAUGUUCCUUUGUGGCCAAGACGUGGACAGAGCUCCUGAGACACGUGAGAGAGAACCAUAAAGAGGAAGUCCGCUGUGAAGUCUGCCAGAGGACGUUCAGACGCAAGGACCACCUAAAACAACACAUGAGCGUACACGCCCCCGAGAGGGUGGUGUGCCGGUGCCCCCGGGAAGGCUGCGGGAGAAGCUACACCACCGUGUUCAACCUCCAGAGCCACAUCCUCUCCUUCCAUGAGGAGAAGCGCCCGUUCCUGUGUGCGCACUCGGGCUGUGGCAGAGCGUUCGCCAUGAAGCAAAGUCUCAGACGGCACGCGGUGGUCCAUGAUCCCGACCGGAAGAAAAUGAAGCUCAGAGUUCACAGCAAACGGAGUUUGGCCUCUCGUCUCAGUGGCUACAUCCCUCCUAAAAAGAAAGCUGAGCCCGGCCUGCCUGAGUCAGGUGGUGGGGAGGCGCUCAGCCCCAUGGAGAGGGACGUGAUCUCGACAGUGGCCAUCCUGGCCCUCAGCUCACCGCUACAGAGGUCAGAGCAGUACACUCAGGCCUAG